AUGGAACAAUCAACAGCUCUUACGAAACUUUUUCGUGCCUUACAAUUUCGCAAGCAUGUCAAAGAACUUACAAGCGCAUGUAAGCGGAUCAAUAAAGAUACUUGUUACGAAUUUGUGAAUUAUCGUCAUCCAACAUCGAAUCUCCUUUCAACACAAAAGAAAUCGGCGAAAUUCAACAUUCUGCGUUCGAAAAUUCAAAAUUAUAAACAAAGAAGUAAAAGUGCAUGCCGAUUAUCGACUCGAAUACGGCCGAAAUUUGAAUCGACAUCGCCUUCGGCAAAUAUCGUUUCCACCGAUCAACAACCGAUUGAACAUCUGGCACACGCAACAUCAAGCACGCCAGCUAAUCUAGGAAUGAUUGUAAAACAAUCGUACAAACCUUUACAUGCUAAGUCAACACAAUUCAAUCGAAACACGAUUGCUGUCACAAAAGAUACAGUUGUGAAAGCACUCUAUGCAAUUUCGAAUUGGGUGUUCAUUGAAAUCAAUGAAACAGGUCAAACUGGCUUCGUACCAAUCUAUUGCCUUGGACUAUCGGACGCACCCGUCGAAACUAAUUCACAAAACAAUUUAAGUUUAUUAAAUGUAAGCAUCUACGAGCCGAAAACUCAUUCCGCGAUCAGCGUGUCGACUCCUCCAACUCCUGGUCGAUUUAUUUCCUCAAUCGGUCCAUGCCAUUUCAACCUCGAUCAACCAUCAUCAUUAACAUGUUCACGUGUAAACAAAUCGAGAACAUACACUCGUCAGAACAAAGACCAAUCGAAUCUAUCUCGACAAAUUUCCAACAUGUCACUCCAUGCUUAUGAUCACGAUGCUUAUGAAACACUCAAUUUAACUCCAUGUAAAAGUUUAUCAUUCAGCGUGUUAGAUAGUGAGCCGAUUGUCUAUCAUUCCAACAGUCGUCUGCGUGUGAUCGAGAAUUAUCAACGGCAGUUUGUUGGUGAUAUCAGCGUACUUGAAUCUGAAGUCGUGACACUUAUGAAUACGACGCAAUGUGAUAGUGACUGGCGUUUUGUACGACGUGGGGAUGGACGACAAGGUUAUAUUCCAAAGCAUAUCACCGUGCUCGAUCGAAAUUUUAAUUAA